AUGGCGACCAAUGCAUCCUGCAAUACCAUGACAGACCCUAUGGCCACCGUCAGUCGGGCCUCGGAUCCCUUUACUAGCCAGUCCUCGGUGCCGUCGGCCGCCCUGUUGGAUUUCUUCUUCCCGGGUCUGUCCGUCUUCACUGGUGCCCUUCAGCGGUACCUGCAUAUCGACCUCAACUACUAUUUCCCGCUCGUGCUGUUUCUCGGCGGUGUCACCUUUGCUUGGAAUUACUUCAGCAGCUACCUUUAUGCGCAGCUCGAGAACCACUUUAUGUCCACAGUCGAGGUCCGCUACGACGAUGAGGUAUACAACAUGCUCAUGACCUGGGUCGCCUGCCAGCCGUUUGCCCAGAACGCCCGUCGGUUUAUCGUCAACACCAUGGUCGGAUCUCGCUCAUGGUCGGUUUGGGAGUUGCAGUAUGAGGAGCGCCGUCGCAAUGCCUACGACUCGGACGACGAGGGCGGCGAUGACAGCGACGAAGACGACGACGCUGGGGCCGACACGUCGCCCGAGGGUCUCGCGAAGAAGAAGAAGCAAAAGAAAGCCCUCUCCUACACCCCGACCUUUGGCACGUACUACUUUUGGUUCCGCGGCAGCCUGCUCGUCUUCCGCCGCACACAGAGCCGCGACAAUGCCGCCGUCAGCUCCGACCAGCGCGAGUCCAUCUCUGUGUCUUGUUUCGGUCGCAACCCGGCCGUUCUCAAGCAUCUGCUGCUCGAGACCCGUCGCAUGUACAUGCGCCGUGAUGUGCACAAGACCGUCAUUUACCGUGGCAGCAGCAGCGGCGGCAGGUACCGUGUCAAGGACGGCCUUGUGGCUGAUGUGGAAGACUACCUUGAUCCCGUUACACGCCGUUGGUAUGCGAACCGUGGUAUCCCUUACCGCCGUGGUUACCUGCUGUACGGUCCACCGGGUACUGGCAAGUCGUCGCUGAGCGUCUCGCUCGCCGGCCACUUUAACAUGAACAUUUACAUUGUGAGCUUGAACGGCGUCGCCGCCACCGAAGAGACUCUCUCCGUGCUGUUCAACGACCUGCCGCGUCGCUGCAUUGUGCUGCUAGAGGACAUUGAUACCGCCGGCCUAACGCAUACGCGCGAUCCCUCGUCCAGCGGCAAGGACGAGGGAGGGAGUGGAUCCGACAGUGGCAGUGACAGCGACAGCGACAGCGACAGCGACAGCAGUGAUAGCAGCGAGGAUGAAGAUGGUGAGAAGGACGGCGGUGGCGAUAAGAAAAAGACCGAUGACGACAAGGACGGCAAGGAGAAGAGCAGCCGCAGCCGCAGCAGGAAGAAGGACAAGGCCGGCCGCUUGUCACUCUCGGGACUGCUCAACAUCCUCGAUGGCGUUGCCAGUCAGGAGGGCCGCAUCCUCAUCAUGACGACGAACCACGUGGAAAAGCUCGACAAAGCGCUGAUCCGUCCCGGUCGCGUUGACAUGAUGGUUAAGUUUGACCGUGCCGAUCGUGACAUGACAGAGGCUCUCUUCCGGUCCAUUUUUGCUACGCUUGAGGGAGAUGGCGUACCGGUGAUGGACAGUGCCAAGAAGGAUGCUGAGGCCAAGACCAUGACCAAGGAGGAGAUUGCGGACGAACAGGCCGCUGCUGCCGCCCGUCUAGAUACUUUCGCCAAGGAGUUCUCGGCCGUCAUACCCGAGCUCACCUUUAGCCCCGCUGAGCUGCAGGGCUUCCUCUUAAAGCACAAACGUGACCCUGCAGGUGCUGUCGCGGGUGCCGCCGAGUGGGUGACGACGGCUAAGGCUGCCAAGGACAAAGCAGAGAAGCGCAAUGAGCGCAAGAAGGAGAAGUCCAAGGCCAAGGAGGACCGCCAUAAGCAAAAGCAGAAGGCGAAGAAGGAGAAAAAAGCCGCCGAGAAGGCCGCCGCCAAAGCCACGAAGGAGGCUAAGGAGGCGAAAGAGAAGGACGCGGCCAAGAAGAGAGCUGUCAAGAACUUGCUUAAAAAGGCGGGGACAACAUCCGAGAAGAAGAGUGACAGGGCUUCAGACGACGACGAUCUGGACCUUGCAGCCCUGUCGGACCUCUACAACAGCGACGGCGAUGCGGACGCGCGGAAUAGCAGCGGCGAGGACGACAGCGACGUCAAUAUCAACGACUACAGCUCGGACACUGACAGUGAGGCCGAGAGGAAGAGGCAGAAAGAGGCAAAAAAGGAAAAGCUCAAGCUGCAGCAGCGCAGACGGCGUCAGCAGCAGCAGCGGGCCAAGAGUCGCUCGGUUGUUGCAACCGGGACCCCUGCGCAGGCUUCAGCUACCAUUACACCUUCCUCUUCGCUUGCGUCCGCGGCAACUCUUACGAUUCCGGCGGCGCAAAUCUCGGACCCACCUGUCUCGUCGGCAUCGUCCGCGGCCGAUCUGUCAGAUCGGUCUGGGACGUCGUCAUACGCGUCAUCAAAGGCGACCACUGUUGACAGCGCUUCUUCGGAAAUUGAUGCAGCUGAUUUUGCACAAAGAGUGCAGGACAAGACUAAGAAGCCUAUCGAGGCCUAA